CAGCGCCUGCCUGCUCUUCUGCAUGCCACUUUUUGCCUGCCCCUCCAUACCUAUCGCAAUCGAAGCUUCGCUUCACUCCGAUCCAGGACAUGAGCGCGUCAAGCACGUCGCCGCCCGCCUUUACACCUCAGGCAUACAAGUGCCAUGACAGUAGCUCUCCACGAGGAACCUAAAAAGUGGUUCCUGCCUGGUGAAGGCCUCGAAACGGCCCUCAGCGAUGCUAAACGAACCAUCGGUCCCGAAGCGCGUAUCUGGGCAGGGCGACAUAAAGGCGUUGACGGACACUGGGUCAAGCCCUAUGCGCAUGCGACCGUGGACUCGAAAGAGUUAACGCGACUGAAGGAGCGAUCGGAAUCGGUGCUGGAAGCGGCCAUCCGUCUCAAAAGCAUUUCGAAGGCCGACACGCAUAAGAAAGAGAACGAUCAGGACCACGGGAAGGCACAGCCUGGCCACAGGGGUCAAGAUGUAGAGGGCAAGGCUGUGAACACGGCUCCCACUUCGAAACAAAGCGCACCUCAUAUAGAGGCAAACGAGGGCAGCGCGCCAUCGCCCGUUGACAAGGCGCAGACCAGCUCUGCAAAUACUGGGAAACAGCCGGAAACGCUGCAAAACAACAAAGUCGGUCCAUCUCUGAAUGACUUGGCGGAAGAGUAUGGUUGGCAGGUUGGCGCGGAGAAGUUCCUAUGGGAACAACCCCCGACAUCUGUUAUCAAGGUCACAACUAGAGGUUUUCUGGGCAGAGGUGUUAUUGGCGAGAUUCACGAAGUCAGGAUCAGUGGCUUCAACAAGCCAAUGGUACGGAAACGCAUGAACAUCCGUCGGCAAUACGCAAAACAGGACAAGGAAAGUAUUCGGCAUGAGAUCGAAAACCUGAAAAGUCUUGACCACCGACACAUCGUCAAAGUUCUCGGCUGCUACCAAGAGCAGGUAGGGCAGAACAACGUGGCGUGGUGUGCUCUUAUGUUGCCCAGCGGCAACAAUGAUCUGGGCAUGUUCCUCGGCGAGGUAUAUCCUCAAGCAUCAGAAGGCCAAAAAAGCACGUAUUGUACUUGGGCGAAGUCGUGGUUUCUUUGUCUUGCUUCAGCAUUGGCCUAUAUGCACUCGCAUAAUAUCCAUCAUGAAGACAUCAAGCCAAGCAACAUAAUCCACCAAGGCAGCCGGAUCUUCUUCACCGAUUUCAGUUCUUCACGCAGACUUGAGUCCGGCCUUGAGACCUCAACAGUCAGUCCAGCUAGCGCUACCAGAUUGUUUGCAGCUCCCGAGGCCAUGUCUUCGAAUGGCGUCCUCUCUCGCCACGGCUCAAAGACGGACGUGUUCUCGCUGGGCGUCGUAUUUGUGGAGCUGAUGACCAUCCUGAGUGGGUCUGUUACGCAACUACGCAAGGACGUCGACGUAGGGCCCGGGAAGCCAUAUCACACAAGAGUCGAUCGUCUUCCAGCCUGGUUUUCAACGGGUUCGAGGAGGGCCUCGGCACUAUGGGAAGCUUGCGUACGUCAAAUGCUCAAUCCCGACAGACAGAAAAGACCAAGUGCAAAGCAAGUGGUGGAUAGUCUUACUGGUGAAGAUUUCAAAAUAGCGUUCAGGAUUACGUAUACCUGCGAAUGCGCGAAAGAGCACUAUGAGCAGCUCGAAUCGACCGAAGAGAACAAAGUGGUGACGACAGUACAGCCUAAGAUACUGAGGAUCCAGCGUACUUUGUCUGAUAUUCCAGAAGUAACGGAAACGGCCAAUGAGACGAAGCCACCCACAUCCAAAAAGAAGACACCUAAUAGUAAAGGUGUUCACAUCCAGGCUCGCAAGAAAGUUGAUGCACUCCCAGCUUCGCCACCAGCGUUGUCUAGUCCGAAGAGCGUUAGUACCGCUGAAAUGGGCCCCUCGAAGAACCUGACCCCAGAGGUAAUCCAAAGCAACGUCAAGGAUGAUAAACGCGCCCAUGACAACAGUCAACGCAAAGCAGAACCUACCUCGAAAUCAAUCAACACAUCUUCCGAUAAGGCUGAGCAGAAGAUAAAGGCACCUAAAAAUGAGUAUAAUGGAAAACUGAAGCAGCCUGGUACUAGAGGCGGUAAGAGCAGUAUAUCAACCUCUUCGAAGGACCCUAUCACAUCAGAAGGGUCGAAAAAUGCUACACCCAUAAUCACCACCGCACCAGCCAAAAGGAGCUCACACCAAGAUGUCAGGUCUAUCCAAGAGCCGCCUGCGAAGUCCAAAUCAUCUGUUUUGGAGAGGUCUAGUGAUGGGCAGAUUCGACAUAUUGACGAUAUCGAUAUACCAACAUCACCAAAGGCCAAAGCCAACAUGGCCAAUUACGCUAAUUCUUCCUCAAAUCAUAAAGACUCGCUCGCAAAAGCCGGAAAAACCUUGAACACAAGGACGCAACAAAAAGAACAGAUUAGCCCGCCGAGACAGUCUGUGCCAUCCAUAAUAGUCAACGACACAUCUUUGUACCCACCUUCCAACCGUGCGAGGGUUGAAGAAAUCAAUAGCCGCUUCAGCCUUGACGGUGAUAUCAUUGAGGUUAUUGAGGAUCUGAAGGUCGAUCGUACACAUUCAGCUUCUCCACGACCCCGAAGUUCCAAAAAGAAGAAGAAGAAGCGUUCGACGAGUGUACAUAGCACAGCAGGAACAGACUUUUCCACCUCGGAAAGCACAGUAAGCCUACCUGUUGCGAUACGGCAGUCAAGGAAGAAUGAUCAAAGCGCUGGGGAACCUGGAAGGUUUUCAAGAUUCAUGGGGUGGGGAGGCGGUCUGAGUCUCUGAUUUCGGCGCUUAAGAUGAUCUGAUGUGGCUGCUGUCAGCUUGAUGGCUCUUGCAGACCUCAGGGAAGCGACACGCGAUGGCACCUGUGAGGCAUUACAAGUCAUUGCUCAGGAAUACAAUGGGAAGUCGAAAGUGCGACGAUGGCGACGAUGGCGACGAUGAAGAGGUUCGACGCAGACUGCAGUAAUGUCAGAGUGCAAGGGGAUUGCUCUGCAGAAUUGUCUGCGGUUGAUAGUUAUGACUGCUUUUGUAGUAAUGCUAAUGGAAAACAUACCAUAGGUAGAUGCAGUUGCGCAUCGGCUAUAC